AUGUUGCCGGGUUCGUGGAAGGAUAAAUGGGCUCGAAAUCUCAUCAUUCGGUUUCUUGGUGAAUUUAUUGUCUCUGGUUGCUUAAUUUUUUCCGAAGAAGAUGGUACGAUUCUCACCUUUGGAGAUGCUUCACAGAAAAGAACUGCCUUGAAAGUUUCAGUGAAAGUUCACAAUCCUCAGUUUUAUUGGAAGGUCGCAACGGAAGCUGAUUUGGGGUUUGCAGAUGCCUACAUCAAUGGAGACAUUUCUUUUGUUGACCAGAACCAAGGUUUGCUUAAUCUUUUCUUGAUUUUUAUUACCAACAAAGAACUAAAAGCUUCUUUGUCAAGUGGUUCGGCACCUUUGCUUCUAUCAGCCGGAUUAGCAUCUGCAAAGUACUUGUUUAAGUAUGUCUUGAGACCAAAUAAUCUCACACAGGCUCGUCGAAAUGUAUCUCUCCAUUACGACCUGAGUAACGAAUUAUUUUCCCGGUUUCUGGACGAAACAAUGUCAUACUCAUGUGGAAUAUUUAAGUCACAGGAUGACGAUUUGAAAACUGCUCAAUUAAGAAAGAUUUCUUCACUCAUUGAAAAGGCCAAAAUAAGAAAGGAGCACCAUGUACUUGAUAUUGGAUGCGGUUGGGGAACUUUAGGUAUUGAAGCAGUGAAAAGAACCGGGUGUCAGUAUACGGGAAUCACCCUAUCUGAAGAGCAACUGGUCUACGCUCAACAGAAAGUAAAGGACGUCGGGUUCCAGGAUCGUAUAAAUCUCGUGCUAUGUGAUUAUCGUCAACUGCCAAAUAACUUUAAAUAUGACAUAAUCAUAUCUUGCGAGAUGGUGGAACAUGUCGGUCAUGGAUUCUUUGAGAAGUUUUUCAAGUGCUGCGACUCUGCAUUGGCAGAAAAUGGGCUCCUUCUUCUACAGUUCACAUCGGUGCCGGAUCAAAGGUAUGAAGAGUACAGAAGAUGCCGGAGUUUCAUAAGGGAAUACAUAUUUCCCGGUGGUUGCCUGCCAUCACUAACCAGACUCAUGACAGCCAUGACUACUGCAUCCAAGCUAUGCGUUGAACACGUGGAAAACAUAGGAUUUCAUUACUAUCCUACCCUGAGAUAUUGGAGGAAAAAUUUUGCCAAAAAUAAAAGUGAAAUCCUGGCAUUGGGAUUUGACGAGAAGUUCAUUCGGGCAUGGGAAUACUACUUUGACUAUACUGCUGGUGGAUUUAAAACUGGCAUAAUUGGGAAUUAUCAGGUUGUAUUUUCAAGGCCAGGCAAUGUUUCAUCCUUUGGCAAUGUGGAAAAUUGA